GCAGCCAUGAGAACCAACAAGAUGCAUCAGUCACUGGGCAGCUGGCAGCUCCCAGGGUCUUUUUGCUUCCUACUCCUGGUCUCCUGGGCUGUGGCCACAGCAGCCCUUCCCCUGGAAGAUGGCCUCGCCUUGAAAGGCAGUAAGCCCCUGCAGGAAGUGGCGGAAGGAAAGAGGGGCGACCUUCUGACUUUCCUGUUCUCUUUGUACGACUGGACCUCCCGCGGCGGAGAGAUGCCUCUGGUCGGGGCCGACGAGAUGGAGUUCUCCAAGCGAGACGGACGGGCUCUUUCCAACCAAGCCCCGCCUCGGGAUAAAAGCCCCUGCAAGAAUUUCUUCUGGAAGACCUUCUCCUCCUGCUGAGCCAAUCCCGCCGGCUCCUGCCGUGCGCAGCUGCUCCGACCUGCACCUGGAGUCAAAACGGAGCUAGCGUGGGGCAGCGAUCCCCCUUGUUUGUGAAUGUUGUGGUCUUGUGAUGUGUGAUGUAAGCGUUUGUCCCCCUUCCAAUAAAGCAUAUGGACCGAA